AGCCGCAGCCUCUGAAGCGGGGCAGGGACCCGGGGGCGCCGAGUUUGACUAGUUUAGGGGACCCGUCCCCCCAGCUGCCGGCCGCGGCGCCUCAGGGAGCGGCGCCUCGGGGCGGCGAGCGCGUCUCGGAGGCCCCACCGCCGCGGCUGGGGCGGAGCUGCGGGCAAAGUGGACGGCGGAGGGGCGGCGGGCGGCCGAGGGGCGGCGGGCGCGGCCAUGGAGCCCCGCGGCGCCGAGUACUUCUGCGCCCAAGUGCUGCAGAAGGACGUGAGCGGCCGGCUGCAGGCGGGCGAGGAGCUGCUGCUCCACCUCGGCGCGCCCGGUGCCAUCCCGGACCUGGAGGACGACCCCAGCCGCCUGGCCAAGACGGUGGACGCGCUCACCGGCUGGGUGGGCUCGAGCAACUACCGGGUAUCAUUAUUAGGAUUGGAGAUUUUAAGUGCCUUUGUGGAUAGAUUGUCAACACGAUUUAAAUCUUACGUAGCCAUGGUUAUCACAGCUUUAAUAGACAGAAUGGGAGAUGCCAAAGACAAGGUUCGAGACGAAGCUCAGAAUCUGACACUGAAGCUGAUGGAUGAGGUGGCACCACCUAUGUACAUCUGGGAGCAGCUGGCCUCUGGCUUCAAGCACAAGAACUUCCGAUCUCGAGAAGGCGUUUGUCUGUGUCUUAUUGAAACCUUAAAUAUCUUUGGGACUCAACCACUGGUCAUCAGCAAGUUGGUGCCGUAUUUGUGUAUCUUAUUUGGAGAUUCUAACAGUCAGGUGAGAAAUGCUGCAAUCUCGGCUAUUGUGGAGAUUUAUAGACAUGUAGGAGAGAAGCUGAGGAUUGAUUUGUGUAAGAGAGACAUUCCCCCUGCCAGAUUAGAAAUGAUACUUGCCAAAUUUGAUGAAGUUAAAAAUUCAGGCGGUAUGAUUUUGAGUGUCUGCAAAGAUAAAAGCUUUGAUGAUGAGGAAUCAGUGGAUGGAAAUAGGCCAUCGUCAGCUGCUUCAGCCUUCAAGGUUCCUGCACCUAAAACAUCUGGAAAUCCUGUCAACAGUGGGAGAAAGCCUGGUGCAGCAGGUGGCCCUAAGGUCGGAGGUGCUUCUAAAGAGGGAGGGGCUGGAGCGGUUGAUGAAGACGAUUUUAUAAAAGCAUUUACAGAUGUUCCUUCUAUUCAGAUCUAUUCUAGUCGAGAACUUGAAGAAACGUUAAAUAAGAUCAGGGAAAUUUUGUCAGAUGACAAACAUGACUGGGACCAGCGUGCCAAUGCGCUUAAGAAAAUCAGAGCGCUGCUUGUUGCUGGGGCUGCACAGUAUGAUUGCUUUUUCCAGCACUUGCGUUUGUUGGAUGGAGCGCUUAAGCUGUCCGCUAAGGAUCUCAGGUCCCAGGUGGUCAGGGAAGCUUGCAUCACUGUUGCCCACCUUUCAACAGUUUUGGGAAACAAGUUUGAUCACGGCGCUGAAGCAAUUGUACCUACACUUUUUAAUCUUGUCCCCAAUAGUGCAAAAGUCAUGGCAACUUCUGGAUGUGCAGCAAUCAGAUUUAUUAUUCGGCAUACCCAUGUACCCAGACUUAUACCUUUAAUAACAAGCAACUGCACAUCAAAGUCAGUUCCUGUAAGGAGGCGUUCAUUUGAAUUUUUAGAUCUGUUGCUGCAAGAAUGGCAGACUCAUUCACUGGAAAGACAUGCAGCUGUCCUGGUUGAAACUAUCAAGAAGGGGAUUCAUGAUGCCGAUGCUGAGGCCAGAGUGGAGGCAAGAAAGACAUACAUGGGUCUUAGAAACCACUUUCCUGGUGAAGCUGAGACGUUGUAUAAUUCCCUUGAGCCAUCCUAUCAGAAAAGUCUUCAGACUUACUUAAGGAGUUCUGGCAGUGUGGCAUCUCUUCCACAGUCAGACAGGUCCUCCUCAAGCUCCCAGGAGAGUCUCAAUCGUCCCUUUUCUUCUAAAUGGUCAACAGCAAAUCCUUCAACUGUGGCUGGAAGAGUGUCAGUGGGAGGCAGCAAAGCCAGCUCCCUUCCAGGAAGCCUGCAGCGUUCUCGAAGUGACAUUGAUGUGAAUGCUGCAGCUGGCGCCAAGGCACAUCACGCCGCUGGACAGGCUGUGCGAAGUGGGCGGUUAGGUGCGGGUGCCCUGAAUCCAGGUUCCUAUGCGUCGCUUGAGGAUACUUCUGACAAGAUGGAUGGAACAGCAUCUGAAGAUGGUAGGGUGAGAGCCAAGCUUUCUGCACCACUCGCUGCUGUGGGAAAUGCCAAGACCGAUUCUAGAGGAAGAAGCCGGACAAAAAUGGUGUCUCAGUCCCAGCGUUCAUCAUCACCUGACAAAAAUGAAGGAUCACAAUCUGCUAAUACCAUUGGUGCUGGCAGCCGAUCUGGGUCUCCAGGAAGAGUUCUGACCACAACAACCCUCUCUACUGUGAGCUCUGGUGCUCAGCGAGUCCUUGUCAAUUCAGCUUCAGCCCAGAAGAGAAGCAAGAUACCAAGGAGCCAGGGCUGCAGCAGAGAGGCCAGCCCAUCUCGGCUCUCUGUGGCCCGGAGCAGUCGUAUUCCACGACCGAGUGUGAGUCAAGGAUGUAGCCGGGAAGCUAGUCGAGAGAGCAGCAGGGACACGAGUCCAGUCCGCUCUUUCCAGCCCCUUGCCUCCAGACACCAUUCCAGAUCCACUGGUGCCCUCUACGCCCCCGAUGUGUAUGGGGCCUCAGGUCCAGGAUAUGGCAUCAGCCAGUCAAGCCGAUUGUCAUCCUCUGUUAGCGCCAUGCGAGUCCUAAACACAGGCUCCGACGUGGAGGAGGCGGUAGCUGAUGCCUUGCUCUUAGGAGACAUGCGGACUAAGAAAAAACCUGCUCGGAGAAGGUAUGAGUCAUACGGAAUGCACUCGGAUGAUGACGCCAACAGUGAUGCUUCCAGUGCGUGUUCAGAGCGCUCCUAUAGUUCUCGAAAUGGUAGUAUUCCUACCUACAUGAGACAGACGGAAGACGUGGCGGAAGUCCUCAACAGAUGUGCUAGUUCCAAUUGGUCAGAAAGGAAGGAAGGCCUCCUGGGUCUGCAGAACUUGUUAAAAAACCAGAGAACACUAAGUCGAGUUGAACUGAAAAGAUUAUGUGAGAUUUUCACAAGAAUGUUCGCGGAUCCUCAUGGCAAGGUGUUCAGCAUGUUUUUGGAGACUCUAGUAGAUUUCAUACAAGUCCACAAAGAUGAUCUUCAAGAUUGGUUGUUUGUACUGCUGACGCAGCUGCUGAAAAAAAUGGGUGCUGAUUUGCUUGGUUCUGUUCAGGCAAAAGUUCAGAAAGCUCUUGAUGUUACAAGAGAAUCUUUUCCAAAUGAUCUUCAAUUUAAUAUCCUAAUGAGAUUUACAGUUGACCAGACCCAAACACCAAGCUUGAAGGUGAAGGUUGCUAUCCUUAAGUACAUAGAAACUCUGGCCAAACAGAUGGACCCAGGAGAUUUUAUAAAUUCCAGUGAAACUCGCCUGGCAGUGUCUCGGGUCAUCACUUGGACGACAGAGCCCAAAAGCUCUGAUGUUCGAAAGGCAGCGCAGUCAGUGCUGAUUUCUUUAUUUGAACUCAAUACCCCAGAGUUUACAAUGUUACUAGGGGCUUUACCAAAAACUUUCCAAGACGGUGCUACCAAACUGCUUCACAACCACCUUCGAAACACUGGCAACGGGACCCAGAGUUCCAUGGGGAGUCCUUUGACAAGACCAACACCUCGAUCACCAGCCAACUGGUCCAGUCCCCUUACUUCUCCUACCAACACAUCACAGAAUACGUUAUCGCCAAGUGCAUUUGAUUAUGACACAGAGAACAUGAAUUCUGAAGACAUUUACAGCUCCCUUAGAGGGGUUACUGAGGCAAUCCAGAAUUUUAGCUUCAGAAGCCAAGAAGACAUGAGCGAGCCCCUCAAGAGGGACCCUAAAAAAGAGGACGGUGAUGCAAUGUGUGGUGGUCCUGGGAUGUCAGAUCCAAGAGCAGGAGGCGAUGCCACUGACUCCAGCCAGCCAGUUCUUGAUAAUAAAGCGUCUUUGCUCCACUCAAUGCCCCUUCACUCCUCUCCUCGCUCUCGUGACUAUAAUCCAUAUAACUAUUCAGAUAACAUCAGUCCCUUCAACAAGUCUGCCCUCAAGGAAGCCAUGUUUGAUGAUGAUGCUGACCAAUUUCCUGAUGACCUCUCCUUAGACCAUUCUGACCUAGUUGCAGAGUUGUUGAAGGAGCUCUCUAACCAUAACGAACGUAUAGAAGAAAGAAAAAUCGCCCUCUAUGAACUCAUGAAGCUAACCCAGGAGGAAUCUUUCAGUGUUUGGGAUGAACACUUCAAAACAAUAUUACUGUUAUUGCUUGAGACCCUUGGGGAUAAAGAGCCUACAAUCAGGGCUUUGGCCUUAAAAGUUUUAAAAGAAAUCUUAAGGCAUCAACCAGCAAGAUUCAAGAACUAUGCAGAGCUGACCGUCAUGAAAACAUUGGAAGCACAUAAAGAUCCUCAUAAAGAGGUGGUGAGGUCUGCUGAGGAAGCUGCCUCCGUGUUGGCUACUUCGAUUAGUCCAGAGCAGUGCAUCAAAGUGCUUUGUCCAAUCAUACAAACUGCUGACUACCCAAUUAAUCUGGCUGCAAUCAAAAUGCAAACGAAAGUGAUAGAAAGAGUAUCCAAGGAAACCCUUAAUGUGCUCUUACCAGAGAUCAUGCCAGGUCUAAUACAGGGUUAUGAUAACUCAGAAAGCAGUGUCCGGAAAGCUUGCGUCUUCUGCCUGGUAGCUGUUCAUGCGGUGAUUGGUGAUGAACUAAAGCCACAUCUCAGUCAACUCACUGGCAGUAAAAUGAAGCUGCUGAACCUUUAUAUCAAACGUGCACAGACGGGCUCUGCAGGAGCUGAUCCCACUACUGAUGUUCCCGGACAGAGUUAGUGCUGCAGGUGGAGACUCCCAGGUCUCUGCAAGGACAGCUGCUUGCCCUCCUCAAGGAAAGGAAAAUGUCAAGUACAGCUUUGGAACUCAGCUAUGGUUUCCCAGUUCUAGCUUUUUGUUUUGUCCCGUUUUGUAUUUUCUGUAACACAGGGAUGUCCUCUGUCUGCAUGUAACUUUAUGAUAGUUAUUCCAAGUUCAGGAAAAGCAGUAUUAACAUCAGUUGAUCAGUACAAAGUAAUUUUUUUUAAUCUAAUUCACCAUUUCACAUGUUUGUACUUUUUUGUCUUCCCAUUAACUUUUGCCAGUGUUAUGAUUGUAUAAAUUUUUUAAAAUGCUGGUUAAACAGGAAUGCUUCAAGCUUUAAAAGUUUAACAGUCUAAACUUUUUUUGCCUUUAUUCAACUGCAGAAGAAUAUUUUUAUUGCUCCUUUGAGUUUUGUUCUGUAUCAUGUCCUAUGCUAGAAAUAUUGACGAUAAUGUGAGACAAAGCAGGGCCACGUGGAGCUCCAGCCAGACUCUGCUGGUGUGGCGGUGGUACGUGUCAUUAGCUGCGACUUCUUUGGGAUGACCGCAAAGAGAAAUGUCAUAGAAUCAGCCAGUUCUGUAAGACUGAGAGUGUCUGUUGGUUCUUGAUCUUGCCACCUUUAUUUAAAGCCGUGCCCCUUUUCUGACCCCGUAAGAAAGCUGCACCAAAUCACCUGCCUAGGUUUCCAUGGGAAUUAUUACAAUGGAAGGUUUUGUUGCAGAGCCUUUUGGUUUAUCUUUGUUGUGAAUGAUGCUUUUUGUUGUAUUUAUUAAUAUCAAAUUCACUUAUGAAUAGACUUGAUAAUGGAAACAGAUGAAAAAAAUCAAGUGCAUGUGUGUCUUUGACUGUCUUCUGUUUCUCAUUUGAUAAACUAAUUAUUGACAUGGGAUUCAACCAGCACCUUUUUGUUGAAUGGUGGAACCUGGUUUCCUUUGACCAUGAAAUUGUCUUAAGAAAACCCUGAUCCUGAUGAGAGAGAAGAUGGUGCCAAGGCUCUUGCUCAAUGGGCUCACGCUCUCUACCUCUUCAGGGCUGACACUUUAACUGACCCGCUUGCCUGUGCUGUCUUGGAAAACUUCUUCAAAGGUGAUGUUUUGUUACCUUUUAACAUUUUUUUUUUAAAUCACCUCUGCUAAAGCUAUUAAUUUCAUGUGCAGCCAACUUUUGAAUAUUACCAGUUUGGGUGAAAGGCCAAAUUAGAUAAUUUGGAACCAGGAUAUUAUUGAUUUCUCAUCUUGACUUUUUUUUUUUUUCUUAUUCUUCUCCUUUUUUAAUCCUAACAUAAGGUGAAUUUGACUGGAAAGCAAAUGGCUAUUAGGGAAACAGUUUGCUGUUGUUACAGAGUUAUCUAUGCUUUGUUCAGCUGAAAGAAUGUAGAAACGUAUGUGAAGAGCAUCGGCUGAGAGAGCGGGAUGGAUGAGUGGUCUUAGGCUUUUCCUUUGUUUUGUUUUUGUUCUGUUUUAGCAGCAAGAAAAGAUAAUGCUCCAUAUCCCCUCCCCUACCCGUAACAGUUUUGUUUUCUACUGUUAAUGACAUUGUGUAUUUAUAGUUCUAUGCUUACUGUUGUGCAUAUACUGGCAAUAAAACUGUACAUAACAUUACUUGAAAACCUUA